CCCAAAUGAGUCAAAAACCACGGUCUCUCAGCCCCCUCGCACACUCUCGACUACGCACUACAAAAAAUGGCGGAUAGGUACUGAAAUCCACAUCAGAAAAACGCUUCAAAAAAAAAAAAAAAAAAAAAAAAAAAGCCGAGAUUGGAGCGUGGAGAGGACAGCAGUCAGCAGAGCCGUGGCGUUGGUCAGUAUUGCUGGAGUAUGAGGAAACCAGGACCUCAGAAAGUGAUUGAGUGGAAGGAUGGCAGACGACACAAACACGCCCGCAGUGGACGCCCAUCCAGCAUCCCUCCCCAGUACCAGGGGCACUUCAGCUGGGACAAGUAUCUGAAAGAGACGGGGUCCGUUGCAGCUCCAGCACACUGCUUCAGACAGUGCUUAACCCCCCCGGUGAAUGAGUUCAAGUCCGGGAUGAAGCUGGAGGCCCAGGACCCUCGCAACACCACCUCCACCUGCAUAGCAACCGUCGUCGGGCUGACCGGGGUCAGGCUCCGCCUCCGACUGGACGGCAGCGACAACAAGAACGACUUCUGGCGAUUGGUCGACUCCUCGGAGAUCCAACCAAUCGGCAACUGCGAGAAGAAUGCGGGCAUGCUGCAGCCACCUCUGGGCUUCCGGCUAAACGCUUCCUCGUGGCCGAUGUUCCUUUUGAAGACUCUAAACGGAGCCGAGAUGGCGCCUGUCCGGAUAUUCCACAAGCAGGAGCCCCCUGCUCCGGCUCAGAACUCCUUCAAGGUGGGCAUGAAGCUGGAGGCGGUGGACCGCAAGAACCCUCACUUCAUUUGCCCGGCCACCAUCGGGGAGGUGCGAGGGGGUGAGGUGCUGGUCACCUUCGACGGCUGGAGAGGAGCCUUCGAUUACUACUGUCGCUACGACUCCCGCGACAUCUUCCCUGUGGGCUGGUGUGCUCUGACCGGAGAUAACCUGCAGCCACCUGGGACCAAGGUCGUGCUGCCCAAGUGCCCCGGCACACCCCUGGAGUUGAGCUCGGAGCGCGGCAGCAUGCACCCGGCGGGCAGGGGGGCCCCAGGGCAGAGGGGCCGUAAGCCUGGGCGCCCGCGCGGUAGACUGCCAGGGAGACUGCCAGGGAUCUGGCUGCAUAAAGGAGCUGCAGGCCAGCACAGCGCAGCGGGCAAGCAGGUGGAGCCAGUCAAGAUACCCAAGAAGAGAGGGCCCAAACCAGGCAGCAAGAGGAAACCUCGCGUGGUGCCCAACCCCAUACCCACCUCCCCAACCAGCAGCACCCCCGAACCAGACACCAGCACUGUGCCCCUGGACAAUGCCACCAUCCCCAGCGCUGCCCUGCAGGCACCCACUGUGUGCGUGUACCUGAAUAAGAACGGCAAUAUGGGACCCCACCUGGACCGGAAGAAGGUCCAGCAGCUUCCAGACCACUUCGGACCGGCGCGCGCCUCGGUGGUGCUGCAGCAGGCUGUCCAGGCCUGCAUCGACUGUGCCCACCACCAGAAAACAGUGUACUCCUUCCUGAAGCAGGGCAACGGAGGAGAACUCAUCUCAGCCUCGUUUGAGCAUGAGCAGCACACUCUGACCCUGCCCGCGGUGAACAGCGUGACCUAUGUCCUGCGCUUCCUGGAGAAGCUGUGUCACAACCUGCGCAGCGACAACCUGUUUGGAAACCAGCCCUUCACCCCCAGCAGUGCCGCGCUGCACUGCCCCCUGGAGUACGACAGCGGCGCAUACCUCCCAGCAGAACCAUUCCUGCUAGAGAACGGUUUCCCAGGGCCCCCUGAGCACCGGAUGGACAGUCUGGACUCUGCGCUGACCACUGUGAAUCAGGCCAGUCCUGCCAGGAGCUUCCGGUCACCCUUCAGAUCACUGAACCAGAGCGGCAGCCCUUCAGCCACGCUGCGGAGACUGAGCUCGGGAGGUUCGGAGCGGUUCCUGGGGUCCAGCCCUCGCUCCAGCAGCAGGGACCCCAAUCUCUGGACGGUGGAGGACGUCAUGCAGUUCGUACGGGACACUGACCCCCAGCUCGGGCCGCAUGCAGACCUCUUCCGGAAACACGAGAUUGACGGCAAAGCUCUACUGCUGCUACGCAGCGACAUGAUGAUGAAAUAUAUGGGCCUGAAGCUAGGCCCAGCCCUCAAACUCACCUACCACAUAGACAGAAUCAAGCAGGGCAAGUUCUGAGAGAACACAAGACUUUCAUACCUUUCCAAAAAAAAAAAAAACAACAACAAUCAAAUCAAAAUGCUGGGACAAUUACAAAAAGGAGAAGAAAACUGUUUGCCACGUAAGACUGUCACAGCCAAACUCAGAGCAAGACCCUGCCGUCCGCUUUCUGUUUGUCUCUGAACCAAGGACAUAUUUAGGGAUUUUGUAGCACGCCGGCCCUGCGGGAUUGUGGGUACAGAAGAGCUCGACCCAGUCCUUUUUAAAAAAAAAAAAAAAUAAUAAUAAUAAUUUGUUGUAUUGUUUUUUUGGGGGGGGGGGGGGGGGUUGACAUUUUUUUAUAAGGAUUCCACAGAUGGGCGUCAGCGCUGUGUUUAUCACUGUUUUUUUAUUACUAUUUAAAGAUCAAGGUUGUUUAUUAACACAUUGUACAGCACUGAUGCAUAUUUUUCCUGUAAGACUGUUAAUCCAAAUAAAAUAAAACCGGUAAA